AUGUCUAAUGAAGUUACAUCAAAUAUAAACGAAAACGAUUCCCCAUCAAUUUUCCCUGAACAGAAUGACAGGAUUCCAAUACAGUAUAUUACUGACGACUUUCUUCGACGCCAUACAAAAACUCAGGAUCUUUCAGCCGUUCACCAUCUUUGUUUGACGUCAAAUGUUAUCAGUCCUUAUAAGUUGACAUUGCUUGAAAAUCUUGAAGGACUAAGGUAUCUUACGGUUCUCAAUGUCUCCGGUAAUGCAAUUGAACGACUUGAGGGUCUAAGAAGUCUAACUCGAUUAAAGUGCUUAAAUUUAAAUGAUAAUCGAAUUUGUCGAUUGGAUGGUCUUGAAACUCUGAAAAAUUUGCAAAGACUCUACCUCAACCACAAUCGGAUUCAAGACUUCCCUUCAUGGUUUCAAAACCGUCUUAUCUCCCUUAAGUGUUUGCAGCUUGGCAACAAUAAUAUUGAAAACCUCCAUAUUUUGACAAAGCUCCGAAGACUUUCAAACCUUACUGAACUAGUGAUUAAAGGAAAUCCUGCGUCUGAUCCUUCAAGUCAACAUUCUGGUUCAAUUUUACCCUCGUCUCUCAGCAAUCAUACUGAACAGCAUGAAGAAGUUUUCAAUCAAUGCUGUAGAUCCUUCGUCAUCUUUCACCUCCGUACUCUAACACUUCUGGAUACUCAGAUCGUCACUCUCGAAGAACGUAAAGAAGCUGAUUCGUGGUUUGAACAAAGCGAAAUUUCACGAAUUAACAGCCAAUUGGAAACCAGGGAGGCCGAAGUCGCUGAUCUCUCAGACUGUCUGGCACGAUUAUCGAUCGAAGCAGAGGGACGAAGUGCCCGGGCUGAAUGUUUGGCCAGACAAAAGGCUGCCCAGGAUGCCAAACUCGAGGAAAUGCGUCGCGAGCUUGUCGCUAAAGACGAAUUACUUCGAGCCAAGUCGGAUGAGUUGAUGAGAGCUUGUCUCAAGCACUACGAGAUUGAACAGGAGUUGGCUUUCUACAAAAUCGAUAAAAAAUUGAGCGAUGCUCUGGGCAAACCUCCAGACAUAAACGCCGGUCUGAAUGAGAACAAUGCCCCAACUUCAGAGUCUAUUGACCCUAAAACACUGGCUAGAGCUAAUGGUUUUUCCCUCGAAAGUCCCUACCUCGGCAAAUGUCGUUAUUUUCGAGUCUCCAGUGCUCCGCCAAACCAUUAUAAUCCUAUUCCUUCGAGAUCUGAAACGAAUUGUCUUCCGAGGGUCGAGGAAAACGAGAUGGAUGGGUACGUGGAGCCUUGGAGAGUAAAAUCUGGCGAACUUGGGACGAAUCCGCACUCCUAUCACACUCAGGCAAGAAACACUUUGAGCAAUGGAAAAAUCGAUGACGCCGAGCUGGAAAGCAACCCCGACACGUCAGAUGGGUAUUAGAAGUCAUUCAUCGCCUCUCUUAUUAUUCCAGCUGAACAGUCAGGAAGGCAGAAAUCAGAGGAGGGUUUAGAAGAGCAAAUUCAACAGCAACAACAGGAAAAGGAAGAGGAGGAGGAGGAGGAAGAAGAAGAAGAAGAAGAAGAGGAGGAGGAAAUUCGUUUCACCUCAACGCCUCUCACAAUGACUCGUGCAGUGUCAGCCUCAAAGGGGAAAACUACAAGUUUUGCCGUUACGAUGCCUUUCUUUAGAACCUCACCAGACCCCUCAGAACUCACGGAGGAUUCUUCCUGGUAUCGCGGAAAUAAUCGAGAUUCGCCUUCAUCUUUAAACAAUCAG